AUGCAAGCUCGUAUCAUACUCGAUACCAGCUCCUCUGCUCCUCCCGUCCAAGGCUCACUUCUACCCUGCCUCGUCAAAUACUCCGGCCCUGCACCUGUCGCUGACCACUUCCACCCAGUUGAACUUGAUCAAGUUGCAGGAGAAGUCGCAGGUCCUCAAAAAGAAGCUUAUUUCCGAGGCAGACGACUCCUUGGCAGUGAUGUUGCUAUUCCUACCGGCUAUAAAGCUUUCGUCCUUGACAAUUCUGCUCAGGCACAAACACAGCCAAUGAGCAGACGGGAAGAGGACGAAGAUGAAGCAGAGUUGGAAGAAGUACGCACAUUCAAGGUACAGGCAGCUUUGAGCAGUUUGACUUGUUAUGGAAAUGCCAACCUACCCGACCCCAAAGCGCCAGUCAAUAAGAUUGAAGCCUGGUUGGCACUCUCUCAGGUCUUACACAAUACAUCAAAUCCCGCUUGA